AAUCGCAAAAUGAUAUUCAUUAUAAUUCAGCAUCUUCUAACAUGCCAUGCAUGAAUAGUAAUAAUUCCGAGCUAUUAUUAAGUAAAUUGAUACAAGAAUUUAACUUGGAUUCAAUUAACAAUGAAGGGCAUUUACAUAUAUUACAUCAAGCAGAAAAAUUAUUUUUGAAAGUAUUUGAUGUCGAAGACAGUAUAGAUAUGCUUAUUGAUAAAUUAAUGGUUCUUUUAAUUCAAACACAUGAUGAGGGAAAUGAUUUUAAUGAAACAAAACAUUUCAUCAAUCAAUGUAUUUUUCAUUCAAACAAAAAUUCAAAUGAUAUUUUUGAAUGGCUUAAAGUAAAUCAAGUGGAAUCAAAACACGUCUUUCUCUUAGGAUUUUUCUAUUUUAAUAAUAUCAAUUUUGAAAUAAAUGAAUAUGAAGCAUUGAAACUGUUUUUAAGUGCUUCAGCAAAAAAUUAUCCUAUUGCACAAGUUUAUCUUGCAAAAUGUUAUGAAGAAGGAUGUGGAAUUGAAACAAGUUAUGAUUUAGCAUUUAAUUGGAUACAAAAAGCCGUAGGAAAUAAAA